GCCAUUGUUUUCCUCAAGACAGACGACGUCAUUUCGGGUGAGCCCACAGCAACACAAAAUGCCGUCAAAUUAGUUUGGCAUUGUUUUCUGGUCGCCGUGCCAAUAAUAGAACGCCCCACGCUCCGCCGAGUGCUUCUGCCGGGUGACUCUGCGCGGCCGUUUUCUGCAGAGCUCAAUGGAUUCGCAGACCCAAAGCACCUCGCUCCAACGCCUUCAGAAUGUCGAGAAGAGAAUCGUUAGGGUAUUGGAGCUGGCAGGAGGAGUAAUGGACGAACUCUCGAACCCCAUUGGCCCUAGGAAGGAAAUGGUCAACAGCCAUUGCGGCGAGUUCAUGCAACUCAUCAAGGACAUCCAAAUGACACUACGGGAAGAAAUCAAAAGUGCAUGCGAAUAUCGUCCAUUUGAGAAGUGUGAUUACAGUUCAAGAAUAUCUAAUGAGAUCUGUUGUCGGAAGCUGGAACAUGUCAUUGCACAGUUGGAUGGGAUGAAGCAAACCAUUGAUGAUUAUCAUGGUGCAGUUUGAAGAGGUUUCUUUUUUGGCAUUUGUAAUCAAAACUUGAUGCAUUUGUUUUAAUGCAUUGCCUUUGCCUCUUUUGUUUAAAGAUCUUAGUUUUUUUGUUCUACAAACUUGAUUGUGCCAAGCCAAAUUCUGCACAUUCAUUUGAAUAGUGUGUUCAUUCUGUAGGACUGAGAGAGAUGUAAAAUGGGAAAAUUCCAAAUCCACUAUAAUGCCUUCAAAAUUCUUAAAAAGUGCAAUGUAAUUGUUUUAUAUUUCAUCCA